AUGACGACCAUGGAGGUGCAAGCUGCCGUCAAGUGGGGAACUAAGUCUUUCAGUGUUCAGAUUGAUCCGAACGAGGCCCUCGAGGUUUUCCAAGCACAGCUCUACACUCUAACAGGGGUGCCAAUAGAGCGCCAAAAGCUUUUGUGCAAAGGCAAAACUAUAAAGGCCGAUGCAGACCUUAAAGCCUUGGCGGCUGCAGGUUGCCUCAAGAUCAUGCUAAUGGGCACUGCUGAGGAAAAGGUAGAUGUGCAGACCCAGCCUGAGAAGACAGUGUUUGUUGAAGACCUAACCCCAGCGCAGCAGGCGGCGUUGUUGAGGGAGAAGAAACUAGAGCCAUUGCCUAAUGGUAUUGUCAACUUGGGAAAUACCUGUUACCUCGCAUCAGUUCUACAGAUGCUGCGUCCAGCCACGGAUUUUGCUGCUCUUCUUAAGAACUUUCUCCCUGGAGGAGCGUCAACAGCUCAGUUUGCGGCCUCUGGACAGCAGGGCGCCGUGCGCAGGCUAGCGUUAGCCCUCAAGGAUUUCUACAACCAAUGCGAUCAGACAGUGGAGGCUGUCUCGCCGUUUCUUUUGGUACCGACGCUCAGGGAAGCUUAUCCGCAGUUCUCUCGGCGUUCAACGUCUCAAGCGGGCACAACGGGAGUGCCCAUGCAGCAGGAUGCUGAGGAAUGCCUAGGCUGCCUAAUGGCAGCUGUGGCAGAGAGUCUAGAGCCAGGAGCCGCUGCUGGCAUUGCAAAAACGUUGCCUUACGUGCCACUCAACGCUGGUUCUUCUGCGUUAGAUCUGCUUUUCGGGGUGCAGGUACAGGUGACGACAAAGAGAAACAAUGUAGAAGGGCAGAAGGAGCAGGAGCCCACAGUGCAGAUCGAACGCCACCGGAAGCUUACUUGUUUUUUGGGCACCCCACAGAAGCCCGUGAGCACAAUUGAUGAGAGUUUGAAGUUUUCGCUAGGAGACGAGGUUGUGCAAGCUGGUACUAGCGCAUCCGGAUCAGGAGCAGGCGAAGAAACGUUGGUUCGCAGCAACCGCAUUGGCAGCCUUGCUCUGUAUCUCAUUGUUCAUUUCAUGCGCUUUGAAUGGAAAGUGGGAGGCACUGAAUCGGAAAAAGCCAAGAUCUGCCGGAGUGUCAAGUUUUCACAGACGCUUGACGUGUUCACUUACUGCACCAAAGAAUUGCAGGAUUCUUUCAAAGUGGGGAGGGCAAUUUUAGCACUUCGCCGGGAGCGUGAGGUAUCUUCUGGGGGUGCAAGUGAAGCGAGCAACACCAAUUCUGGCGCUAGUUCCUCUUCCGCAGCAUCUGCUGCUGCAACGAAUGGUAAAAGUACCGAAGAGUCCACACCCACUAUGCAGGAAUGCGACACAAAAGCGGCAAAUGGCGAAUUCAAGUUAGGACAUCUCGUCGGAAAGCCGUGCCCCACAGGAACGUACCAGUUGCUCAGUGUUGUCACCCAUCAAGGCCGUUAUGCUGAUAGUGGACACUAUGUCGGGUGGGCGAAGGCAGGAAAUCCAGACACAACACAGGGCCCUCGCAGCUCAGAGGAAAAGAAGCAAGAGGAAGGGAAAGAGUCCGAAAGCUUGACAGGUCCAGUUGCUAAGCGCCAAAAAAAUGUGAUGAUGUGGCGGAAGUUCGAUGAUGAAAAGGUCUCGGAAGUCCCAUGGGACUCGAUUGACCUCUCAGGGGGACGCAGCGACUAUCAUGUGGCCUAUUUGCUUCUCAUGAAGCAUAUCCUGGUAAUUCCAUCGGAGGACGAACUCCGAGCUAUCGAGAAUCAGGUGUAG